AUGUUUUCAUCAUUCCAACGCCUCCAAAAUGCUUUCGGUAUAUACACCACAGUCAUCUUGGUAGUUUCAGUUCUUAUUUCACUCAUCUCAUAUACUGAGCUCUAUUCGGCUGGCGCAUUUUCACUUAGACCCACUGUUCUUAAAGUGGAGCCCAAAACCUCUGUUAAGUUCACCCGAAGGUCUGGUGCCGUCAAUGGAAAAGGCAAGGAAAACGCUAAAAUAACGUUCGACCUUUCUGCUGAUUUGCGUCCUCUUUUUAAUUGGAAUACGAAACAAGUUUUUGUUUAUCUUGAGGCAGAGUACAAUGGUGGCAAGAGCCGUCCAGAUAUUUCCAAUUCAGUCACUUUUUGGGACAAGAUUAUUACUACCAAAGAAAAGGCUGUUUUGGAUCUCAAGGGACAAAGAAGUCACUACAGCGUGUAUGAUGUCCAAAAAUCCUUUAACAAUAAUAACGCCACUCUUAAACUUGGAUAUAACAUCCAGCCUUGGGUUGGCGCCUUAAUUUUUGGUCAUUUGGAUCUCGAAGGCGAACCACAGUUUGUUUUCCCUUCUCCUUAUUAA